UUUCGCGGCUGCUCCGCUGCGUCCAGGUACGUCUCGUAACUCAUGCACUUGCCAACAGAUCUGCUCGGCUCAUCAGCCGACACCAUGACGGACUUCCUUCUGCCAGGAGAACGGGCUCUCCACGAGGCACUAAGCGAGCACCCAGGCGAGCUGGUGCGGACAGGCAGUCCUAGUAUGCUUUGCUCAGUUCUCCCGUCCCACUGGCGGUCCAACAAAACUCUUCCUGUAGCUUUCAAAGUCGUGACUCUAGCCGACGUGUCCGACGGGACCUUGGUGACACUUCGAGCGGGAAACGAUGAGAACUUUUGUGCCGAACUUCGUAACGCCUCGGCAGCCAUGAAAAAUCACGUUGCCAAAUUCAAUGACUUGAGGUUUGUCGGCAGGAGUGGGCGAGGAAAGAGUCUAUCCAUAACUAUUACUAUCAGCACUAGUCCUCCCCAGGUGGCGUCGUACUCAAAGGCAAUCAAAGUGACUGUAGAUGGACCUCGAGAACCACGAAGUAAGACACCUUCAUACAGAACAGCUUCCCGUCAUUUUUGA